AUGGAAAACGGACAAUGUUUAAGUGAUACUUGUGAUGGAAUAAACUGUAAAGGUAUUGAAACACCUCAUUUAGGACCCUCAUUGAGUUUUAGACCGAAAGGUUCUCUUGCUAGGGCUCUGUAUGAAAAACAGAAGCAUGAUGAGUUCUUAGAGCAGUUCGACAAGAACGAGUGGUACCAGUGUAACCUAGACUCUUUGCCGGCAAUAAUCUCAACGAAAUUUGUUCAACUGGGUCCAGAUCAAGAUACAAUAGAGUUUUUAGAGCAAUCUGAGAAAAAAUCCGAUUGGCUUUUUAUGCAAUUAUGGCAUUCAUUGGUUAAACUUUUCCUGGGUGUAUUUAUGACUCAAACUUCAAUAAAUGGGUGGCUUCAAAGAGGUUCUAUGUUUGUGGUGUCUCAACCUCAGGUCAGAAAACUUUUAGGAGUAGAUGAAGACUGGAAAUGCAGAAGCCUUUUAGAUAUAGGAGCAGGAGAUGGAAAAGUCACGGACCAAAUAGCACCAAUAUUUCAUAAAGUUUAUGCGACAGAAGUUUCAAGUACCAUGAGAACAUUACUUCAAAAGAAAGGCUAUGAACUACUGGAAAUUAAUGACUGGUUUGUGGACAAAAAAUUUGAUUUUAUAUCAUGUCUCAAUGUGAUCGAUCGCUGUGAUACUCCCCUACAAUUAUUACAUCAAAUAAGAGAUGCAUUAACCCCAAACGGAACACUACUGUUAGCUGUUGUACUACCAUUUUCCGCAUACGUAGAAGCAGGAACAAAUCAUAAACCCCAAGAACUAUUGCCGAUAAGCGGACCUAAUUUUGAAGAUCAAGUUAUGAGUGUAAUAGAAAAUGUCUUCACUCCGGCCAAUUUUGAAGUCAUUUCAUGGAGCAGAGUUCCUUAUUUAUGUGAAGGAGAUCUACAACAAUCCUACUACUGGUUGGAUGAUGCAGUUUUCGUACUUAAACUAAAAGAUUGCUAA